AUGGGUACUCGCAACCUCACCCUCGUCUAUUACAGAGGCAAAUACCGGAUCAUCCAAUACGGUCAAUGGGACGGCCACCCAGACGGUCAAGGCCUGACAGCCCUUUACUUCCUCCUCGAUGCUAUCAACAUCGCAGAUCUCCAAAAGGUCCUCGACGACAGCGACACUCGUAUCAUUAACGUCAGCGAGGAGCAACGAAACGCCUACUUCGCCGAAUCCAGCGCAAGCAAAUCGAAACAAAAAGCUUUGUCCCUCUUCCUGCCAUUGAAUCGCUGUCUCGCGAUACUGGAGCCAAGAUACUGGACAUUGUCGCUUGUGCCACCAGAGAUGAAGAUCCAUCUAUGGGAUAUGGAGUUUCUGAACGAUGAGGUUUUCAUGGAGUGGGCUUGGGUGGUCAAUCUGGACCGUAAAGUCUUGGAGGCCUAUACCUAUUGGGAUAGAUACAAGACUAUGGAUGAGAAGUCGAGGUUCGAGGAUGUCCUUGGGAGUGAGAAGAAACUGCCGGGGUUGGUGAAGAGGUUUGGUUUUGAUGAGUUACCUACGUAUGGUAGAGGGUUUCUUGAAGAGUUCCAGGCAUUGGUUGUGGAUGCAGAAGAAUAG